AUGGCCUAUUCAAGUUAUUCAAAUCCAGACUCACUCACAGAGCUUUCGAGCAUAAUAGAGCGGACUCUGAUUGAUACUGGUCGUUUGUUCCGCAAAUCUGGCUCUAUGCCAUCGAGAACCCACCUGCAACGAUCCAUCCCCUUGUAUCAUGAUAGUUUCCAAAAUGCACUGGAUAACCUAUCAGAGCAAAUUUUCAUUGCGAAAGCCUUUUUGGAAAAGGAUUAUGAGGCUCUCAAGGCCACUAGCGCCGCUCCCCAACACAUUGAAGAUAUGGCGAUGAGCGAUGUGAAACAUGAUGAACCUGACAGCCAACCUCCCCUGACUGAGAAAGUCGAAAUGGACACAGAUGUUGAACCUACUAUGCCUAAAUUAGAAGCGGCUAUUUCUAGCCAAUCAGCUCCGGCAGAGAUCAAACCCGACACCCAAUCGGGCGAUGAUGUAGUUGUCAAAAAAGAGGGUGACAACAAUGCUGCCGCCGAUCAAUCAUUCCCUGGACCUAAUGAAGAUAUUACCUUUGAGUCAGCCCUCAACGACAAUGGGGGCACAAACGAUUUUGGUCUUAGCUUAGACUUCAAUGAUGAUGACAUGGGAAAUCAAGCUUUUCUAUCCGGCUCAAAUUUUACAGCCCCUGGGGCUACUGGCGCGGACAAGCUAAGCACAACCCAACCUGGGAAUACUGCAGAUGUCCCUGCUAGUGGUGGGGCAUUUGACAUGGAGUUACAAAAGACCGAGGGGGACGGCAAUUUCUUACAGGGCAACUCUGGGGAGGAUUUCAUGGGGCCCGCUGAAUCGAAUUUCGACGAUUUGUUCAUGGACACUGAUAAUUUCGGGGAGAAUGGUGGGGACUUCAAUCAGCUGGAGGGGGACAGUCUGAUGAAUGUCAAUGAGCUGGAUGAUAAUUGGUUCAACUGA